GACAGUCCGCCUGGCCUCACGUGCUCUCCCUCUCUCUCUCUCUCUCUCUCCCUCUCGCUCUCUCUCUCUCUCUGUGUAUAAAAGGGUCCCGGCCUCCGCUCACCAUGUCCACUGUGUCGCCAGACAAGCGGAGGAAGAUGGAGACGGCGCUCAACCAGCUGAAGAAGCACACGGUGGUGGUGGCGGACACGGGGGACGUGAACGCCAUUGAUGAGUACAAGCCCCAAGAUGCCACCACUAACCCCUCGCUCAUCCUGGCUGCGGCGAAGAUGCCCGCCUACCAGAGCCUCUUGGAUCAGGCCAUCAAAUACGGCAUCGCCAAAGGCGGAACCGAAGACGAGCAGGUAGCCAACACCAUGGACAAGCUGUUUGUGUCUUUCGGCCUAGAGAUCCUCAAGAAGGUCCCGGGCAGAGUCUCGACCGAGGUGGAUGCCAGACUUUCUUUCGACAAAGAGGAAAUGGUCGCCAAGGCCCUAAGGCUCAUCGCUCUGUACGAAGAGGCAGGAAUCGGCAAGGAGCGUGUGCUCAUCAAGCUGUCGUCGACCUGGGAGGGGAUCCAGGCUGGCAAGGAGCUCGAGGAGAAGCACGGUGUCCACUGCAACAUGACCCUGCUGUUCUCUUUUGCUCAGGCUGUGGCCUGUGCAGAAGCAAACGUAACGCUCAUAUCGCCCUUCGUUGGGCGAAUCCUCGACUGGUACAAGGAGAACACCGACCGCAAAAGCUACGAGCCGCACGAAGACCCAGGUGUGGUGAGUGUGACCAAGAUUUACAACCACUACAAGAAGUUUGGCUACAGCACCGUGGUGAUGGGCGCGUCCUUCAGAAACACGGGUCAGGUGAAAGCCCUGGCGGGCUGUGACCUGCUCACCAUCUCCCCCGGGCUGCUGGCGGAGCUCAGCCAGGAUCACAGCACCGUCAAGGAGAUGCUCAGUGUGGAGAAAGCCAAGGCCUGUGAUCUGGAGAAGAUCCACCUGGAUGAGAAGGCGUUCCGCUGGCAGCACAACGAGGACCGCAUGGCCGUGGAGAAACUGUCCGAUGGCAUCCGCAAGUUCGCUGCAGACGGCAUCAAACUGGAGACCAUGAUCAAAGAGAAAAUGCUCAACGUGAAAAACGGAAAGUAAGGGGCAGAUCUUGGCAGCUCCGGCUGCGUUGACGGGAAGCGUGAGGAGUUCGAAGGCCCUAGUUACCUAGUAGGAGGACCAAAGCACCGGAAGGCCUUCCCCCUUCUCACCAAACUCCUCGGACCUCGCGAGUGGACACCUUUCCUCUCUUAGUCUGGGACUGGCCGUUUUCUGACCAAACAUAAAUUGUGAUCAAUGCUAAUAUUGGUGUGGAGUUGUAAAAAUAGUCUUAAUGUUUGAACGGAAAGGAACAAAAUAAAUAAAUGUGUUAAUGAGACUUUAAUGAGUCUCUUUAAAUGGUAAUCAUGUGACUACUAGAACGGACCGUGUACUUUUUGGGGGGGGGGAAGGACGACGGCAAAUAUGCUCCAAAAUCUGGUUAAUAAAGACAAGUGUACCAUCAUUCCGUAGAUGAUUAUAUUUUUCUCUUUUGAAUAAAGAAACACCUUAGCCUUCA